UGUGUCUGAACUCUGGAUUGGUGGUGGGGCGGGGGGUGGGGUCUCCGACCGGAAGCGGAAGUGGAGCAAAGAUGCAGGACCAUCAGAACGUGCCCAUCGACAUCCAGACCGGCAAGCUGCUCGACUGGCUGGUGGACAGGCGGCACUGCAACCUGAAAUGGCAGGGUCUGGUGCUGACGAUCCGAGAGAAGAUCAACGCUGCCAUUCAGGACAUGCCGGAGAGCGAGGAGAUUGCCCAGCUGCUGUCUGGCUCCUACAUUCACUACUUCCACUGCCUGAGGAUUGUAGACCUUCUUAAGGGCACUGAGGCCUCCACAAAGAACAUAUUUGGCCGGUACUCUUCCCAGAGGAUGAAGGACUGGCAAGAGAUCGUCUCCCUGUACGAGAAGGACAACACCUACUUAGUGGAGCUCUGCAGCCUCCUGGUUCGCAACAUCAACUACGAGCUGCCCUCGCUAAAGAAGCAGAUCGCCAAGUGCCAGCAGCUUCAGCGCGAGUGCAGCCGCAAGGAGGAGGAGGGCCAGGCGGGGGUGGCGGCGCAGCUGGAGCACUUCCGGCUCGCGUGCAAGCAGUACGGCAUCACAGGAGACAACGUCCGAAGAGAGCUGCUGGCCCUGGUGAAGGACCUGCCGAGCCAGCUGGCCGAGAUCGGGGCAGGGGCGCAGUCCCUGGGUGAAGCUAUUGAGCUGUACCAGGCCUUUGUGGACUUUGUGUGUGAGAGCCCAGCGGAGCAGGUGCUGCCCAUGCUGCGGUUCGUGCAACGGCGGGGAGACGCGACCGUGUAUGAGUGGAGGACGGGGACGGAGCCAACUGUGGUGGAGCGACCGCGCCUCGAGGAGCCUCCUGAGCCGGUGGAGGCGGACGCGAUCGACUGGGGCGACUUUGGGGUGGAGUCUGAACCUGGUAUCUCUGCUGAGGCCACUGGCAUCGACUGGGGCAUCUCCCUGGACCCAGAGUCCAAGGAAGCUGCGGGUGACGGGAUAGACUGGGGCGACCCCAGUGCUGCUCUGCAGAUCACGGUGGUGGAAGCAGGGACCGAGGCCCCGGAAGGUGUAGCGAGGGGCCCAGACGCCCUGAGCCUGCUCGAGUACCCCGAGACCCGGAGUCAGCUCAUCGACGAGCUCAUGGAGCUUGAGAUCUUCCUGUCCCAGAGAGCAGUGGAGAUGGGCGAGGAGGCUGACAUCCUGUCUGUGAGCCAGUUCCAGCUGGCCCCUGCCAUCCUGCAGGGCCAGACCCAGGAGAAGAUGGUUGCCAUGGCGUCCACGCUGCAGGAGCUGAUUGGCCGGCUCACCAGCCUGCAGAUGCAGCACCUGUUCAUGAUCCUGGCCUCCCCGAGGUACGUGGACCGAGUGACGGAGCUCCUACAGCAGAAGCUGAAGCAGUCCCAGCUGCUGGCCGUCAAGAAGGAGCUGAUGGCGCAGAAGCAGCAGGAGGCGCUGCAGGAGCAGGCGGCCCUGGAGCCCAAGCUGGACCUGCUGUUAGCAAAGACCCGGGAGCUGCAACAGCUGAUUGAAGCCGACAUCUCGAAGCGGUAUGGUGGGCGCCCCGUCAACCUGCUGGGGACCUCCCUCUGAACUGGGUGCCCAGCAGUCACUGCAUGAAGAGUGGAAGCUGAUGUCGGAGCCUUCCCAGCUAGCGCCUGGCUACCUGGAGCCCAGAGAGGGACAGGUGGGAGCCGUCACCUGAUGGCCACCACGCCUCCACCCUAGGAGCUCUCAAGAUUGGCUCUGCCGCAGUGGACCGCCGCU